GGCGCUGUGUGACGCCCCUCGUUCGCGUUCAGCUCUGCUGCAGUGACUCGGCGAAGCCAGGCAGGACCAUUUUAUUACACUAUCCCCUUCAGCCCGCUCACACACACUUUUGACAUCUGACAGCUCCCAGGACGGCCAUGACGUCUCGAAGGUGGUUUCAUCCCAACAUCACUGGGAUCGAGGCAGAACACCUGCUCCUGACACGGGGCGUCCAUGGCAGCUUUCUAGCGAGACCCAGCAAGAGCAACCCAGGAGAUUUCACUCUCUCUGUCAGGAGGAACGAUGAGGUCACCCAUAUUAAAAUCCAGAACUCGGGGGACUAUUAUGACCUGUACGGAGGGGAGAAAUUCGCCACGCUGGCUGAAUUGGUCCAGUACUACACCGAGCAGCACGACCUCCUGCGGGAACGCAAUGGAGACGUUAUCGAGCUGAAAUACCCCCUCAACUGCAAAGACCCCACGUCUGAGAGGUGGUAUCAUGGGCAUCUCUCAGGGAGAGAUGCUGAAAAGCUCCUUACGGAGAAGGGUAAAUCCGGCAGCUUCCUGGUGAGAGAAAGCCAAAGUAAACCGGGAGACUUUGUGCUUUCCGUCCUCACUAAUGAAGAAAAGCAUGAAAACGUAGACCGCAGGACUAAAGUUACCCAUGUCAUGAUCCGUUAUCAGGAUGGAAAAUAUGAUGUAGGAGGAGGGGAGAGGUUUGACACUUUGGCAGAUUUAGUAGAACAUUAUAAGAAAAACCCCAUGGUUGAGAAAAGUGGAAUUGUUGUACACCUUAAACAGCCAUUCAAUGCCACAAGGAUAAAUGCAGCAAACAUUGAAAACAGGGUACGAGAAUUAAACAAAGUAGCUGACAACUCAGAGAAACCCAAGCAAGGCUUCUGGGAAGAAUUUGAGGUUUUACAGCAGCAAGAAUGUAAACUCCUUUACCCCAGAAAAGAGGGGCAGAGACCAGAAAAUAAAAACAAGAACAGAUAUAAGAACAUUCUACCAUUUGACACCACUCGAGUGCAGAUCAAGGAGGCGGAUCCUGAUGUGCCGGGUUCUGAUUACAUCAACGCUAACUAUAUCCGAAGCAUGAAUGAAGAAGGUCGUCAUAUGGAUGAAGGUAAAGUGUUCAUCGCCACUCAGGGUUGCCUUCAGAACACCGUCCUAGACUUCUGGAAAAUGGUGUACCAGGAAAACACUCAUGUUAUUGUCAUGACAACCAAGGAGAUGGAGAGAGGACGGAAUAAGUGUGUGCGGUACUGGCCAGACUUGAAUUCAACAAAGGAGUUUGGGAAGGUGUGUGUGAAGAACAUUGAGGAACACACAGCUCAGGACUACAUACGGCGAGAGCUUGAAGUCACACGUCUAGACAGGAGAGAGCCUCCCAGGUGUAUCUGGCACUAUCAGUACCUAAGCUGGCCUGAUCACGGUGUUCCCAAUGAGCCUGGAGGAGUCUUGAGCUUCCUGGAGCAAGUCAACAGAACCCAGAGUGCCAUUCCAGAGAGUGGACCGAUAGUGGUUCACUGCAGUGCAGGGAUUGGAAGAACAGGCACAAUUAUUGUGAUUGACAUCCUUAUCGACAUCAUAAACAGACAAGGAUUGGAUUGUGACAUCGACAUCCCAAAGACCAUUCAGAGAGUGCGCCAGCAAAGAUCUGGUAUGGUUCAGACAGAGGCCCAGUAUAAGUUCAUCUACAUGGCUGUUCAGCAAUACAUUGACACCGCACAGAAGAGACUGGAAGAGGAGCAGAGGAAUAAAACAAAGGAGAGAGAGUACUCGAACAUCAAGUACCCACAGAUGUCAAAUGCCAGAGCCAAGCCAAACAUGAGCUCGUCUCGCUCUUCAUCUGUAAUGAACGAUGACUCUGGUGUUUAUGAGAAUUUGAACAUCAAAAAUCCAAAGGGCUCCACCAGCAGCAACACCAGGAGAUAAGCCAUGUGGGCUGCUGUCUCAGGGACUCUGGGAUUCCAGCAGAGGUGCUGUGAAGAAGCACCUGAUCAUGGAGCGACACUGGAUUACAGCACUGGGGGGGGAAGGGGGCACCGACAGCGCCUACGCUGAGGCGAAACCGCCCAGCUGCUCGGCUAGAGAUUCCACCGAAAUCUCCAACAGCUCCUCUCUUCAUUUCCUGACCGACUACGUCUGAGAAACUCACACUCCAAAACCAAGUGCCUAAACAGCAGCCGAAAUUGUUCCCGCAAAGGACGCGUGACUUGGUGCUUUCUCUCCCCACUUCUAGUCUGACAAGCCUCUCUACACUGCACUAAGCUACAUGAUGGUUUGUAUAUGUGUGAAAUAUAUAUGAAAUAUGAAUAUUUACACUCAGUGACGUAACUUUGGAUGAAGCUACGCUCUUUCCAUGCUGUCUACGGCUGUUUCCAGACCUUGCUUUGUCUACUGGAUGUCGUCUACUGUAACCAAAGACCUUUGAUACGUAUCUCACAAGCAGCGGUUAUUUGCGCUCUGCUGAGUGAUGCCCGUGGCAAGGUGAUAUAAGAAGAAGAGAAGUACACCGUCCGGCCUCAAGAACGAACCCCCCUUUUUUUUCAGAGAGGUGAUUGGUCAAAGUUUGACCAGUGAUUUGGAUACCUUAUGUAAGUAGGUGUUUCAAAUGGGCUGAUUUGGUACAGUGUGGUAGAAUCUAUACAGUAUGUGCCAAUUAGCAGCCUGUAUGUCAUAUUCAUAAAAGCUUCUGCUUUUUUAUUGAGUAUUACCUCCAGGCUAAUGAACAGUUGGAGGGAGUCAAGUGCUACUGUCAAUCAAAGGCUUAUCAACCAAUCAGGCUGCCUCCUCAUCAGCAGGCUCCUCCCUCUAUGUGUAGGCUUUAUUGUUCUGAAAACAUCAGGUGAGCCUUUAAUAGUUAGGGCUUUGUUUGUUUGUUAAUAGUCGUUUUGUUUGCAACUAUGAUUCCUUUAGAGCAAUUUUCUCUUUUCUUGUGAUAUUUGUGAAUGUGAUUCUAAAGUCUAGGCCUGGCGUUUUUUGAUAUAAUGCAUUUCUUGCAUUUUUGACUAUAUUAUUCCACAUUUUCCUCCUCAGAGACACGUUAAGCUCUUUUAUCACAUAUAAACAGGGUAUGUGUGCAUUGCGGUGUUAUAAAUAGCCUGAUAAAGCUCUUUACGUCAGUAGCGGGUUGUGAUUGCACUGAGGAGGCCUUCGAGUGAAAAAUGUUAAAUGAAAAACGUGGUGUUACUAAACAUCUACAAAGGAGGGGGUACGUCAGGAUGUCGGCUGAGCCGUUGACGUAAACGGCAUUUCGGUGGAGACUUUAGCUAAAAAGGAGGCAGGCCAGAUGGCCUGCAGCUAAGAUUAAAGAAAUAGAUUUGUGUAGGGCGAAAAAAGUAAUUUAAAACAUGGCCGUAAUCCACACGUAGCUAUUAUUAGGUGAGGUCGGCAGUGAUGUCAUAAGUUAUAUAUUCACUACCAGGUCAGCGAGAGUUUGGGGUCAGUAAGAUUUUUUUUUCUUUUUUAAGAAAUUAAGUCUGUUAUUUGGCAAGGAUGCAUUAAUUUAUCAAAAGUGACAAUAUAGACAUUUGUUUGUAUUAAAAACAAAUGCUGUUGUUUAGCAUUGUAUUCAUGCUUUUCACAAAAAAAAUUAAGCAGCAGAGUUUUUUAACUUUUGAUGAUUAUAAAAAUAAAUAUAAUGAGCAGGCUGGAAUGAUUUCUGAAGGACUGUGUGAUACUGAAAACUGGAAUAAUGUCUGCUUUGCCAUCACAGGAAUAAAUAAAGUAUAUUAAAAUAGAAAACAGCUGUGAGAAAGCCAACAUACUGAUCUGCUAUUUAAGCGUAUUCUUCUGAGCCAAAUUUGAACACUUAUCUCCUUCUAGAGCUUUCCAGCUACAACCACCAAACUCGGGUCAGACCUUUAGACUCAUCUGACUUGGUGUGCUAAAUCUUAUCUAACUGAUCCAACUUACAGUUUUCGUAAACCAGACUAUUAAUACCACCAAAAAUCUUACAGACUUCCAUUGAGGGGGUGAAAACUUUUGAACAAUGGGAGUUAUGGUGUACUUAAGUGGUCUAUUGCUAUAGCAAAGCUUAACAACUCCCUACUGAAAAACAGCUAAAACCAUUCUAAGCUGGCUGAUUUGGCUGGUCUCCCAGGCUGAUUUUAAAGCAGUUUUGGCCACUUUUUAGCUGGUCAGGCUGGUCUUAGAUGGUCAAACUGGGAGACAUGUUAAAAGACCAACCACGCUUAAACCAGCUGUUUUUAAAACUAAAAACAACUGAUUUUAGCUGGUUGUUUACUGUUUUUUGCUAAAUCAGCUGGUUUUUAACUGGUUUUUAGCCAUUUUUUCACUGAACCUGAUGGUUUUAGCUUUUUUUUUUUUUUACUAAAUCAGCAGGUUUUAAUUGUUAAUUGUUUAUCUGGAUUUUUUUAAUUCAUGUUAGCAACAUGUUAAAAACAAGCUAGACAUGUUAGCAACAUGCUAACAACAUGUUAAUCAUGUUAAAACAUGGUAAUCAUGCUAAAGUAUGUUAGCAACAUGCUCACAACAUGAUUUUUUUUUGACGUUUAUUCAGUAUUAGCAGGAUAAAUGUACAGUGCUCUUUCCAGAAAUACAAUAAAACCCUUACGAUGGUUUUACUGUAGUAAAAUGUAGUAACCAUGUUUUUUGGCGUAUUUAUUACCACUUGUAUAAGAACAAUUUUACUACAAAUACCAUGGUUAAACUAUGCAUAGUGUAGCAAAAUGUUUUUUUGUGGUUACCAUGGAUUAUGUUUGUUCUCAAACUUUCCUCAUCAAGAAUUAAAUUCUAAUAACAUUUCACAAUAUUUUAGUUUUGACUAUAUUUUUAGUCAAAUACAUCAGGUCAUAUAUACUGCCUAUAUUUGGUCAUAUAUUUAGCCUUGGUGAAAAAACAUAAAAAAAACUUACUGACCCAAAACUUUUAAAUAGUAGUGUACAUCUCGGCUUAGAUAAAGCAGGGCAUAAUGCAUGUGAUUAAUCAGCAUCCGACUGUGAAAGUUGUGCUAGUUUUGGCUACAUGAGGGGAUCUGUGAUGUCAUAAUCUGAAGGGCUACCGUAAAUGUUCAGAGGAAGGCCUGAGUCUGCUUUUUUUGCACUUGAAUGGAUGAAAUGUUUGGGUUUCAUACUAGAGAACCAGACUUUUAGACCGUCCAGGAAGUUAAAGCAAUGUCACUGCAUAUGAUAAUCAUUUUUAGAAUGACUGACUGAUUGAAUGAAUUUGUGAUUUAUGUACACAGCAAUGUACUACUGGCAUCUGAAAGCUGGGAAGCUGUCUGUCUGCUGUUUAAAUUAGUUUUAUUUUUACCUCUGUGAAAAUGCAUAAAGGGUCAAAAAUGUAAUGGCAUACCAAGACUUGAAAUUCAAUUUGAACUGCUGCAAGGUAGUGUUUAUGGCUGUCAGAAUGUCCUUUUGUUCAGAGGUAUAUAUAAUUGAAUAUUUUUUGUUGAUUUGCCAUCAGUGUGGUGUUUUGCGUUAUAGAUCAUUCAUUUAUUUUUUGGUCAGUUUUUGAUUUGUUGUAAAUUGUACAUUUCAUUUGUUUGUUGAUACAGUGAUGGAUUCACAGCCGUUUAGCAUAUUAUUUUAGAAUGAUGUUAACAUUUAUUAUUAUUACUACUAUUAUAUAAAACAUCAACAGUUAUGAAGCUAUCUGCUUGCAUUAUCACAAUUUUAAAGUCUUCUCUUUAAAUUUACUUGAAUACUAUGUUGGUGGAUUUUUUUUAAUCUCAGCUGGUGAUCAGUAGGUUUGAGUCGUGUCGUGCUGAUUGUCCUCGUGUGAUAAAGACUGUGUUCCCUCUUGCACUGGUUCAGCCUAAAAUGCCUUCUGCCCUGAAACAUACAGCUGAUGUCAAGACUUGCAUCUCAAAUGACAAUACAAGACUAGUUACUGCAUAAUAAACAUACACUGGGAACUCUCAA